AGUGCCUGGCGGCGCGGCCCCGCGGCUCGGCGCUCCCGGGGGCGGCCGAGCGGAAACCCGCCCCCGGCAGCCCGGAGAGAGCCCCGGCCAGGGCGGGGGGAGAUGCGCCUCACCCUUCCCGAGAGCAGCAAGCCGCGGCCGUCCUUUCGUUAACAAGUAGCUCGCCCCCGGCCCCCCUUCCCUCCCCGGCAAGCCCUGUCCCAUGCACGCUGCCCCGGCGGCGCGCUAGCCGGCAGCCGACGGCUCCUCCCGCCGUGCGGGGCGGGGGGGCUUGAGCCAUGGGGAAUGGGAUGAACAAGAUUCUGCCGGGCUUGUUCAUUGGCAACUUUAAAGAUGCCCGAGAUGUGGAGCAAUUGAGUAAGAAUAACAUUACACACAUUCUUUCAAUCCAUGACAGUGCCCGCCCAAUGCUUGAGGGACUGAAGUAUCUGUGUAUUCCUGCUGCUGACUCACCCUCGCAGAAUUUGGCAAGGCAUUUCAGAGAGAGCAUCAAAUUUAUCCAUGAGUGCCGGCUUGCAGGUGAAGGCUGUCUAGUCCAUUGCCUUGCAGGUGUCUCCAGGAGCGUAACAUUGGUGGUUGCCUACAUCAUGACCAUCACAGACUUUGGUUGGGAAGAUGCACUGUCUGUUGUCCGCGCAGCGAGAUCCUGUGCCAAUCCUAACAUGGGCUUCCAGAGGCAGCUACAGGACUUUGAAAAACAUGAUGUUGAUCAGUUCAGGCAGUGGCUGAAAGAAGAAUAUGGGCAAAACUCUUCUCAGGAUCUGCAAGAAGCCAAAAAUCUUCUGAGCAAAUAUAAAGAGCAGGCAGAAUUGCAGCAGAGUACCGGAGGAAGACAGUGGAAUAACAACUUCUCAUCUGUGCCAUCUCUCUCAUACAGCAACUACACAACAGAGACCUAAUCGUAGGAGGCUGAUUAAUUUUUUUUUUCUUUCUACCUUUGAAAAACACCUUGACAUAAUUUCCAUCCCAUCUUGAAAACACUCAGCAGUAAUCAUGCAAACAGUUGAUUUGUAGAAAGCUUCUUGAUGAAAAUACUACAUUAUGUAUGUGUGUAUGAGUGUGUUUGACAGAGUUUUACAAUUUGGGCAGGAUCAAGUUCUCUGUAUGCCCAGAGACAUGGUCCACUUCCUGUGGCUGAGCCAGUCAGCCAGCCACAGCUAUUAUCCCCUGUGCCCACAUUGCCUGGCAUUUGCUGUGAGGUUAGCUCAACGCCUUUCAUUGUAGGCUAGCAAAGGGCUCUCAGAGAUGAAGUCCGGUGAUCCGAGCUGUGGCAGUUUGACACCUCUGCAGUAUUGAUGUGGCAAAGAUGGUAUUUCACCUGAAGAAGGGAAUUCAGGUCUGUGUCUCUGCUGCUCCUCUUCACAGUCCCUCAGCAAGUAAAACUGGAGAGGUGGGAUUGAAUUUGAAUGGUAGGCUGCAAACUGGAGCAGUUGAGACAUGGGUACAUGUACCUUUCUGCCAACAGUAGCAUCUAGGAGAGAUGUGGGACAGACAGCUCUGAGUAAUAACAUCUUCAGCUGCCACGGUUGUACUUGCUUCGGUGCACGUGAGACAGAGCUGUUGGUAGAACUGCCACAGACCAAAAGCACCGAGACUGUCACCACAGCUCAGCUGAUGUGCAGUGAUUUAAGUCGUGGUCCCUUGAUUGUGCAUCUAGUCUUCCAACAUAAGCUUCUCUGGAGAAUAGUUUAUCAGGUCUCCAGUGCCACUGAACUUCAUUCCCUAUGGAACACGUGCCUCUUCAACAUGCGCACAUGAUAACGUGUCUCCAAAGAGUGGGCUCGGUGUGAGUGCAAGCACCUGUUUCUUUGCUUGUGCUGUGGUUUGCUCUUUGACUUCAGCUACCUCAGAAAUGCUGUUCUUGUCAUUGUGGUCGUAAAUGCAACUUUAAAAAAUGGCCUUGUGUAAUCUUAAUCUGACAUUGAGUGAAGUAGGUGUGUGUGUGUGCGCGCGUGAGUGUGUGUUCAUGUAUAUUUCACAAAUGUCUGCAUUUGAGUUUACUGUUUUCUUUCAGAAUUGCCCAUAUUUCUCACUGUUUUAAAAGUUGAGUUGUUUGAAUUUGACUUUCUGCCUUUUAAAAGCCUCUAUUUAUUUUGCUGUGAUCAGAUUUGUAGGAAUGCAUUUGUAAAAUAUAUUUUAAACUACUUUAAAACUAGGGCCAGACUCUGUUCUUGGUAACAUUGUGUUUUUCUGGAACGGAGCCAUUGCUGGGCUCGAGUGUAUUCUAAGAGUGUAACUUCAGAUGUGUCACCAGGGAUGCUGGGCAGUGUAUUGAUUUCUGAGAGUGUAAUGGGGGGUGGCACUGAUGCAGAGAUCAUGAUUUCUUCUCUUUGAUGGUGGAAGGCCUGUUUUUCUUGAAAAUUGCAGUGAAUAAAAAAUACCUCCCAAACAGCCAGGAUAGAAAAACAAAAACAACCCCCGCAUUUGUUUAAAUGUGAUGUAUAUCAUGCUACAAGCUGAGUACUGAGCAAGAAGCAGUUCACAUACUAAAUAGACUGUUGCCUCCUCUUUCGGUUUUUUUGGUACUGUGACCUUCUAUCCCUUCACAAAUUUCCUUUUCAUGUGACUUCCUGCUUGCUUUGGGUGGCAGUGAAUUCGUUGGAUGGGAGCAAGGCUUUUGGGGUCAAGUAAACUCUGGCUGUUAAAUAUCUGUUGUUAGGUAUCUUCAAAAAAUGUAUGUUAAGGCUUUUGAAAUACAGAUCUUAAGUAUCAAUAAUUGCCAAAAGGAAAAAAGGGAAUGGGGUGGAACUGGCCUGACCAUUUCAUCUUAGUCCAAGCCUGCAUCAGGGUUUUGUUGCACUAAGUGCUUUAAGUGUACUGAACACAGUGAGAGCAGGAUAACCAUAUCUGUGUUGCAGUAAGGGAUGCUGUUGGAUUUGGGAAAAGUGCUGGAACUGACUUGGUUUUCAAGCUUGUAGCUAAGUGAACCACUACCUGUUUGUUAUGUCCAACUACUGCUCUGUGUUUGCCUGGUAAGAGAAGCAUUUAGCUCUUCUUGAAGAUGUUGAUCUGCAAAUAAUUGGCUUUUCAGGAAUUCCAGCACAUCAGUGCCCUCCUUGGCAAUCUUCUCUGUGCUCUGAGGUCAGAUGUGGGAACUGGAAAAUACUUUCCUCGGUAACAGGGUCUGACAUAUGUUGAGGAUGCUGCUCCAUUUCUUCAAUCCUCUACUCAUAAUAGGGUAUAUAGUGCGACUUCAGCCUGUCCCACCUGUGCUCUUGCAGGUAUCCAGGCAGUCCGUCCUGUAGCUGACAGCCAACACUAGCUAUCCCAUAACACUGCUGGCGCUCCCGUCCUUGCAGUAGUAACCCUGCAAGCACUGGAAAGUUGGCAAUUCCUUUUUUCUGUUCUGACAAAUUCAAAGCAGAACAGGAACAUCUGUUAAUGUUGUGUGUCUAAGAUUAUUCCGUACUGGAAUUUUUGGUAGUUUGGCUGUCCGCAAGGAGUCAGUCCCAGAUAUAGGAUUUUUUGGUUGUUUUUUUUAGAAGUGACUUUGGCUUUAGGACCAUAUAGUCACAUUGAUGUGCAUUUAUGCUGCAGCUUGAAAGCAGAUACAGGGUAAAGCAGGAAGACAGAGGGAGUGCCAUAUUGUCAGCAAGUGAAAGUGCUUCUCUCUUUUUAAAAAGACAAAAGAGGUUAUUUUCUGUGGUCUCUUCUACAUCUUUAGUGGUCUUGUGUGUUACUGCAUUUAAGAGUGGUAAAAGAGCAACAGCAGUGUAAGAAAACUUGGAUCUGGUUUCGCCAUGUAGGGAGCAGAAUAAUAGUUUACUCCUUCAUUACCAUGAGGUGCAGAAGAGAGAGGAGCUACAGUUCCCACCUUUGGCCUUUUUAGAAAGGGAGAGGAGCUAACACAGACUGAGAACAUGACAUGAUUUGUCUUCCAGCCAGCCUUUCAGUGGCAGUUUGUAGGACUUUCUAGCUAUUUGGAACAUGACUAGACCCUCGUCCACCUCUUAGUAGUUGGCAUUUACAGUGUAGACAAUGCAUUCAGUUGUUUUGUUUCUGUACUUCAAAACGCCGUCCUCAUUUUGGUGUUCACUGGAAAAUGUAUAAAGUUUAUAACACUGUAUUGGAUAUCCAGAUUUGAAAUAUGUAAUAGAUUUUAUUUGGCUAAACUCAAUAUCCAUGUGUGAUUAUAAGCAGAUGUUUAGUGUUAUACAAUGUAGGUAAUGGGUAAAUGCAGUAGUAUUUAUUACCCUGAUUUUUAACCUGGAAAGAGUUGCUUCCUUACAUUUUGUGGCUGGGUGGGAAGAUAUGGCAAAUCACAUCUCUGUUUUUUAAAAAGGACAGUAAUAACACUGGUUGCUAUAAUGGCCACUGCCUGUAAAGAAGUCAGUGAAAAAUUAUAGUCAUUACUUCAGCUAGUUUGAAAACUCUAAACCCAGUAAGCUUCUUGAUUCUCUGUCUUCCUCUUCCUGGGCAUCUUAGCGAAGCCUUGAUUGCUUUUUCCAAAUGUUUGUAUUUAAUACGUUCUACAGUUUUUUUAUAAAUAAAAGUAAAUGUUAACACCUGA